AUGGCUUGUUUGGUUAAGGGAGUGUACCUUGCAGAAAGAGAUAGACAAGAAGUGAGACAAGGAGAUCAGGAAAAAGCACCGGCUUGGUGGAAAGCUUUUAAUUUCAAAUGCAUCAAAUUCCUCAAAGAUGAAGUAGAUUCCUCCAUUUUUGGGGCCAUCUUUGAGAAUUUGGAUCCACAAGAUGCAUCUCCGAAGUAUGUCCUCGCAAUCCGAGGCACGAUGCUCAAACCAAAAACAGCAAUACGAGACGUCUAUUUGGAUGCAAAGAUUCCCUUUAACGAGCUAAUUGAUAGCUCUCGGUGCGAAAUUGCAUUAAAAGCAGUAGAAGGCAUAGUAAGAAGCACAAACUUUAGAAAUGUAUGGUUGGCAGGGCAUUCCUUAGGUGCAUCUAUAGCAUUACAAACAGGAAAAGACAUGGCUAAAAAAGGUUAUAAGCUAGAAACUUUUCUUUACAAUCCUCCAUUCCCUAGAUUUCCCUUGGAGAUGAUCAAAAGUAAAAAGCUUAAGGACGGGGCACGUUUUGUGCGUAGUGUUCUUAAAGCCGGUGUUUCACUUGCUUGUAAGAAAACAGAAGAGUAUGAUUCGUUUACUUUACUCAACUCUUGGACGCCACAGUUAUUUGUAAAUCCGGAGGACAUGAUUUGCUGCGGGUAUAUAGGGCAUUUCGAGCAUCGAAAUAAAAUGGAAAGAUGGGGCGUGGGUGAGAUUGAAAGGAUGGCAACUAAAACUUCGGUUGUGUGCAAGGCGUCAAAUGCAUUAUUGGGGAGAGAUGGUGAGGCUUCACAUCUAAUUCCAUCAGCUUUAGUUACUACGAAUACUACAAAACAUGGUUGCUCGCAUGACCUUGGCCAGUGGUGGGAAAAAGAAAUUUAUGAGAUGCCCAUGCAUUACGUAUAUAGUAAAAAUUGA